GUCGCCUAUCGACAAAUCUUUGCUACUGUCGUCCUCGCUCCAUUUGCUUUUUUCUUCGAAAGCUAUAUCGCGUGUACAUUAAUGGAAGAUUAAGGGUGUAUAUAUCAUUAUGUUGUACAUUUUGAUAUUAAUGCAAAUCAACUAUUGACAUAUACAGAAGAACAUUUUCCUUUGAUCCAUGCCUCCAUGGCAACUGGAACCACAAGAACCUACACGAGGAAUUUAUUUGAAUUUAGAUUUUCUUCAAAAUCAAAUAAAAUAUACAAAUGACUAUAUUGAGUUGCAGACCAUUCUUUAUAUCGCCACACUUCUUUUUUUAUCAGUCUAGACCCCCAACUCGUUUUCUGUCAAUGUGUUCUUAUGGAAAGGUUUUAAGUUUUUGAUAUCUGUAUAUUGCAUCAAAUGUUUGCUUCUAGAGGUUUGGAUUGUUGGAUUCAAAAUCAAAUGGUGUAGGCGUGCUGAUUCAAAAAGAAAAUGUUUUCAGUAUUGAUCAGUUUUUCCAGAACCGGACUUGGUCCGGUCCGGUUCUGAUAACAUUGACGGAAAUGUUGCUGUUUUUGUCUAUAACAGGAAAAAAUUGCCGAAGUUAACAAAACAUAUGGCCUUCCAGCUCUUCUUGUGUUCCUUGUUCGGGGGGACAUUGCAUCAAUACUUCUAUUUCGCAGGCCUUAAAAAUUCGACGCCAACCAUUGCCUGUGCAUUGCUUAAUCUAUCACCAGCAAUUACUUUCAUAAUAGCUAUCCCAUUCCGAAUGGAGACAAUCCGUAUAAAGAGGCUUUCAGGGAUUGCGAAGGUAUUAGCAACGGUUGUCUCCGUAGGAGGAGCCAUGCUAAUGUCAUUUUACAAAGGGAGCCUUAUUAACUUGGGAAAAUCAACUCUGCAUUGGAGGUUUGCAGAGAAAAUAAUCUCAGAACAUAACUCUGCUUCCGGUAAAUCUAGCAGUCUCAUUGGUCCAGUAUUUGUUUUCGUAGCUGUUCUUUGUUGGUCUAUCUGGUUUAUCAUACAAACAAAAAUGAAUGCAACAUUUGUGGCACCAUAUUCCACGGCAACUAUAAUGUGUGGCAUGGCUAGUAUUCAGUGUGUGCUUUUUGGAUUAUAUAAAGAUCACAGUGUUGCAGCAUGGUCACUCGCAUCUGCAACCAGAAUCGUUGCUUGUUUGUAUAGUGCAGCUUUUGCAUCAGCACUAGCAUUCAUCGUAAUACCAUGGUGUAUAUCUAAACGAGGCCCUCUCUAUGUGUCUAUGUUUAACCCAUUGGCAUUGGCUGUGGUUGCUUUUCUUGGUUGGGCUAUACUAGACGAAAAAUUAUACGUCCGAAGUGCUGUUGGAACUGCUAUGAUACUAUUAGGACUAUAUGUUGUUUUGUGGAGUAAACACGAGGAGAUGAAAAAUCAAAUCGUGAGAACUUCUGAUAAUGAAAAUGGUGGAGAAUCUGGAGAUGUUGAGAAAGGUGACGCUGAUACAGAAUUACCAGAGAUACGUCAACGCACUAUACCUAAUGGAAUUGUGAAUACUGAUUAGGAAGAGUAGGGGGACAGUAAUGAGAGAAAAAAAUUAGAUGAUCCUGCUGCUCCGUUAACGCAUGCAUAUGCUCUAAUGGUUGUAUUCUUCGUCCUCUUUUCAUGAACCAAACAAAUAAGGGUUAUUUUGUGUUUUUGAGUACUAAGCACAAGUGUAUUCAGUUUGUCCAGUUUAUGGUUUGGAUAAUGAUGUCAGUAACACCAAGGCAUAUAUGCGCUAAGGAUUUUCAAUGUCUCGAAUGUACUUUUUCUUCUUA